AUGUUUGAGAAUUUCUCAUUUCCGUCCCCGUCCUCCACGGCGGAAGGGGACGAUCGACUGAUGCUCGACUGCGAUAGCACGACGAUAUCUCCACUUUCGUCUCGGUGCCCAUCGCCCUCGUCCUAUUUAUCAAGACGGUCGCGUCCGCUGUCACGUCCACGAUCGCCAUAUCACCGUCGGCCGCAACAGCCUCCUACAUCCAUGCCGAGCAACUACGAGCAGUUCCAGCGCCGGAUAUCGGUCAGCACACUGACUGAGAAACUGAACGCACAUACUUUGGAUCAAAAUACUACACCAGUAUUGGCACACGCGCCAUACGAAUCACCACUAUCACCGCUCUCCCCCACAUCGUUCUCAUUUUCAGUGACUAAGGAUUCAGCCUCGUCCCGCAGCAGUGUACGGACACUUUUGACCCCACCGGGCGAAUAUGAAGAUGAAGGCUACUACGAUCAGUUGACUCCGGGUUGGGAGCCAUACCACCCUGGACAUUCUCCAACCUCGAUACCACUCGAACACGACGGAUUUCUCGAUGUACCACACCCCCGUUUUCCGCGGGACCCAAGCCUGCGGCUGCAGCGCCAACAAAUGUCCCGAGCACAGUGCAAUAUAGACGUUCUUAAACUUGCUCUGCUUGCUGAAGAUUUUACUCGUCGAGGAUCCGAGUCAGUAGGGCUGAGUGAUGAAGAAUGUCAUCCCAGUUCUCUUCCGCCAAACACUUCUCCGCCUAGUAGCCUGCGACGAGCAUCUAUCAAACCGCGCGGUGGCAGUGCUGCCUCCCCAGCCGGAAAUGCACGGUAUCGCUCACGGACAUCAGUUGAUCCCGGUAUGCUGCGAAGGCGCAGCACUUCAGCCGGAACAUUCGCCUCGUCGACACGUAUCGCAAAGCCACGUGCUCGCGAGUUGCUGUCGAAGAAGAGCGAGCAAACCUUGAGACGAAAGAGUCUGGUAUGUGCAACGCUAGCUUCAGCGAUGUGUGAGGUGCCGACGUCUAGAUCAUCGAGCCCUGUGCAGUGA